GUGAACCUCCGUUCUGCUGGUCGCAAGCGCUUCGCCCACCUGAGCGCUUCCCAGGACGAGAUCCACGUGGACGCGCCCGUGCCCUGGGGCGAGGACACCCUGUUCACCCUCGAGUUUCGCGGCCAGAGCGACCACUCGGACUCGAAGACCAAGCCCGAGGCUGGCCACUACGCUUUGCACACCUGCAACAACAAGUACCUGGCUCGCGACGGCAAACUGCUCGAGACCUGCACCCGCGACUGCCUCUACGCCGCUGAAUUUCACGCUGGACUGCUCGCUCUCAGGGACGUGACCGGUGGCUACCUGGCGCCCAUCGGUAGCAAGGCUGUGUUAAAGUCGCGCUCGACCACCGUGACGCGCGACGAGCUCUUCUCGCUCGAGGACUCGCUGCCCCAGGCCUCCUUCGUCGCGGCCCUCAACCAGCGCUACGUGUCCGUUAAACAAG